UGUUCUGUUUUGUUGAUUCAUCAAAAAAUCUGCCGAUUAUUUUACCUCUUUGAGUGCAAAAAUCAGCAGUAGAAUUCAAACUAAUGCCUAGAUUUCCAGAAAUAAUAUCCAGGACAUGCUUCAGUGUCCUCAGUGGCUGUUACAAUCCAGUUCCCCACCUGUAAAAAGGUCCCAGGAUGCUCUCGACCAUCCACUUUGGGACCAAUAUAGAGGCAGCACCUGUAUUCAGUGCGCCUGUCCUGUUUGGAAAAAGUUGGCAGCGCAAUGGUUACGCUCUCAAGGGCAAAGGAGAAAACCAAUCACCAUACCUUUCCAGACCUCUCUGCCUGCAGACUGCUGCUCUACCAGCUCUGUUGGAGCUGUGCUGCCAUGUCAGUGGAGGAUGUUAUUGUAGUCUUAUUUAUAAAGGGAUAAAAAUAAAAAUAAAAAAACGGGAAGAUGCGCCUGAAGGGGAAACGUCACAUUUUCAUGGGGAGCGACAGUGUGAGACUGUGACCGAGCAAGGGAGCGGAAUAUGCGGCACUGUCCCCCUCUGCACGUCGGAUCCUUGCCGGAUAAAACGUCUUAUAACCGGAUGAUGUGAUUUCUUUUUAUUUUCAGCCACACUGAGGAUUUUAUGAUCGCACCACGUUUCAGCGGGAAUCUGGAUGUUCCUCCAGUCACGUCAACCUCGCCGGACCCUGAGACCGGUUUCAUGGGAUCAGGACCAACAGACUGACGAUGCCCUGAAAUAAUACAGGGAGGCAUCACUCACAGUUUAAGGUUAUGAAACCACGCUUAGAUAUUAAAUUAUUACUUGAGAGUGGUAUAUUUUCUGUCUGUACUGGAGGGAGCGUUGUUUUAAUUUUGAGCCUGCUCCAGUGUCUCAAUAAUUGAAAAAAAUAUCAAACUAUCAUUAGAGUUCAGGUUGGAAUCUAUAGUUCAGACAUAUAAUUUAGUCUCAAACACAACAAGAUAAAGUUUUUAUUCCAGCCCUGAGGAUGCCACCCUGGGUGUCCUUUCAGGAAGGAGAGACUGGAGAAUGAAAGCGUGAUUUCCUGCGUCUUUAAUCGGACGUUUUGCUCCUACAAGCCACCUUUAUUUUCAUUUCUUUUUUCUUUUUCUUUUUUUUUUUGGAUUGGUCCAAAAAUAUUUUUUGCGUGCCCCUUCGGACUCCUGCACAAUGGGGAUUAUGCUUCAAGUUAUUCUAGGAAUGUUUCAAUUCCUGCUGCUCACCAGAAUACCGACUUCCCAUGCCAAGCUUGCUCACUGGCGGCCGGCAGACUCCCCAAAAUCCAGAGAAGGUCGAGAAGUGCGGCGGUGGUUAGAGGUUUAUUCGAGGAGUGGCUGUGAGCCUCGAGACACUCUGGUGGAGGUGUGGCGGGAGUUGCCAGAGGAGACGCACCAUCUCUUUGUCCCAUCCUGUGUGUCGGUGAGGCGAUGUGGUGGCUGCUGUGCAGACGAGGCCCUGGAGUGUGUUCCUUCACUCACACACACACUGACCAUGGAGCUGAUGAGAACCUCCUUCAUGAAACAUGAGCUCAUUGAGCUGCCCUUCGUCGAGCACAGCCAGUGUGAGUGCAGAUUAAAAGAACAUUUAACACCAACUACAAGGCCCAAUCUGAAGCCAGCGAGAAAAGACAAGAAAAAAGAGAGGGGAAAGUCCAGACACAAGACAACUGGAGCCUUUGGAGCUGCGACCCAUGCUCCUACAACUCUUCUUCCUACAACUCUUCCUCCACCAUCACCUCCUCCACCAUCACCUCUUCCCACCAGUGUCUCUUCCUCUCCCUCGCCAUCUCCCUCUCCGUCGCCAUCUCCGAGGCAUCGUUGUCGCCCCUGCAGAGGGAGGAAGUGGGCAUUGGAUGUAACGUCUUGUCAGUGCCACUGCACCAUCAAAGCUGAGAGCUGCAGCCGGAAAGAUCGCAGGCUCAACCCUCACCGCUGCAGGUGUGAUGUCAUGAGGACUUGAUGUGUCCACCCACUUUCUUUUCACCUCCUUGUUUCCACCAAUCCCUGCUGAUUCAUCGCCCACUCUCAGCAUCAGUGCCAUGGAACAUGGAACAGACGCUUGGACAUCCAGUACCUCAGGCUGAAGGAAACAUUAGCAGAAGCACACACAAGAAUCUGUAGCAGCGCUCUUCUAGUCUAGCAACAAGUGCAGCAUUACAGCCGGAAUAUAGAUCUACAUGUGUGUGUGUAUGUGUGUGCAGUUAAACAUCUUACCGCCUCCUUGCUUCUGUGGCAAAGCUUCUGUCAGUUCACAUGCAUGUACAGACAUGUAGAGUCACAACACACAUCCCAUGAGUGGAGGGAUGAAAAAUGGCAGCAUGACGGUGACUUUGAAAGACGUGCUUUGCUGUGGUUUAGACUCAGAGAAGUUCUUUUGGACCGCAGCCGAACUUAUAAAUACAACAAGAAUAACAGACAUGAAGUGGAUCAGUCUUACGCAGGUGUCCUACACGUUGACGCUUCAGUGGAUGUCGUGAUUUUGUUUUCCACGCAGCAAACUGCACAUGGAGGCAGAUUCCAGGGUGACAUCAAGGCCGAUUUUUGUGCAGAGGAUUUAAAAAAAACAACUGCAAUAGAUUAUACAUGGCCACAUCCACACUCAGACAUACCAGGAGAACACAGGACAUGCACAUGAACUGGCACCCCGGUGUGCAUGGACCUAUAGUUGAGCUGAAUGCUGGGAUGCAGUGUAUCUGUGUGGUCUCCCCUCUGAAAGACCCAGAUGGGUUAUCCCUGCAGCUGUUCUCAUUCAAAGCGCAUGACCACGGGCUGGCUCUCCAAGCCUCUUUCCAGCAUUUGUUUAAUUUGGGCCUUUUGUCUCCAUCUUUCCUCGGCUCCUCGAUUCAAAGCAGCCACUUUGCCUCUCUUUGCCUCUCUUUUAGGCAGUGAGGAGAAUGACAAUAAUGAGGCCUGGCGGCUGUCCACUGCUUCACACACACAAACAUUCACACAUAUAAUACCAGGAACACAGACAACACUGCAAAUGCAGACACACACACACACACACACACACACACACACACACACCGUCCCUCUGUGCUAUAGCAAGCACACAUACAUGUAUAUGUACACACACAUGUAAUGUGAAAUGAAUGCAGGUAGCCAUAAGCUUUUGUUGGUGGCACACCAAGUGUGCAGAUAUAUGUCAGUUCUUUAUAUUUGCAAUUUACUGCAAAGUCUUCAUUUGAUAAUGUAUUAUAUGCCUCUGUUUUAUAUUUUAUUAUAAUUCUGUCGCGUUGAUUGAAAAGAUAUUCUAUAUUGCAGAGUGUGUCUUUGUUUUGUUUCUGUUCAUCUUUAAUCCGUCUACAUAAAGAGUCACGCUGGGUGGCCGGCUAUAAACACACUCGGCAUUUAAACCGAUACCCAAAUGUGUUGAAUUUAAACAGAGACGGCUCACACAAGCUGCAGGGAGACUAUAUACAUUAUAAUGUGUAAUUCAAACAAUCAGUGGGGCAGUGUUGUCUGCAGCACACAGAAACCAAGCAAAGAGCUGUUCCCAGUGCAGUGAAAUGAAAACAUAGCUGUUUUUGUUGCACGUUAGAGCCGGGAUGGAAAGAGUAUUAUUCAUGUGGAACAUAACUUGUUUAUAUUCUGACUGAAUCUCACGGUUUAACUCCAUGUUAGUUCAUGACUGCUGGGUGGGAACAGCGAUUUGAACUGAGACGGUCUCAGAAUGGAUGAUGUCUUGAGCAGCUUGUCAGUCAGCAUGACGGGCUAAAGCCAGAGCUCAGAGGCCCCAUAAUGGCAGGUCAUGGAGAUCUUUUGUCCUGAGCUAAAUUUUACUGAGAACAUUUAACCAGUGACGUCUCAGCUCCACGAUUCAUAUUCGUACGCUCCCUGCAGUCCAGAGUCUGAAUUGUUUGUGUGUCAGCCUUGAGCAAAAGAACUUUGUUUCAGUGGCCGGUGUGAUAAGCUCUGUAUUUAUACUCUCUUUAUACGAGAUGAGGUGGUUGUUUUUUUCACGCUCGAGUCCAUUGUUCAGUGUUUGUUAUUACUGUCAAUCAAUGCUUCAAUCACUACCUCUAUAUCAUAACAUAUUAAUGACCAAGUAUUAGAGCAUUGUUGUUACUUUCUCUGUGUUAUUUCAGACCUCUUUUGUGAUAAUAAUGUGAUUUAUUUACAUUUAGCAAUAAGCAUAGCAGUGUAGAGGUGUGGAGCUGCAGCAGAUCUGUAGUGAUCAUCACAGGUUUAGAGGAACCUAUAGGAGUUUUUCUGUGUGCGUUUUAAUAAUCUGAAGGGAAGCAUUUUUCAUAUGAGAAGAAUAAACUGGUCUCCUCUGAGUACAGACCUAGACACUGUGUGAUAAUGUGGAACAGGAGAUGGUUUCUCAAAGCGUUUGUAACCUCAGUAGUAGUCGUAACAAUGUCUGGCUGUAAAGAAAUAGUUUGACAUUUUGGGAAAUACACUUACUUGCUUUCUUGCUGAGAGUCAGAGAAAAUUGAUACAGCUGUCGUGUUUGUACAGUAAACAUGAAGAUGAAGCCAGCCAUUAGUUAUCUUAGCUUAGCAUAAACACUGUAAACAAGGGGAAACCGCUUCUAAGGCUCUCUAAAACUCACUAAUUCACAUCUUUUGUUUAAUUUGUAGUGUGAAAAUGAUAAGUUGUGGUUUUGCAUGGGUUAUGUGCCAAACUAUUUGUUGGCUCUGAAUUUUUACAACAGGCAGACACUCCAGGAAGUCACUGCUUUCAGCCAAGAUAUAGUCCGGCACAUAAACUGCAAAGCACAGGAAGGUGUCAGUUUUACACUUUGGCUUUUAUAUGGUUUUAAUAUGCCAGAUAUAGUGAGAUUUAGAAGUGCUCAUAGGCUGAUUUUGUUACUUUUGGACAGAGCCACGCUAACAGUUUCCCUUUGUUUACAGUCUUUAUGCUAAGCUAAGCUAACUGGACAUACAUACAUAUUGGACAUACAUGAGAGUGGUGUCAAUUUUUUCAUAUAACUCGAAGCAAGAAAGCGAAUAACCAUUUUUAAAAUUCAAUCUGCUCAUGUAUUAAUUUUUCCCAGUUGUUUCUAAGCCUCUAUUUCUUAGUAAUUUUGUUAACAAGCAAACAAAUGUUUUGGGAAACCUAAGCGUGCCUGAACCUCAGUACAGAUUGCACUUGUGUUUGAGAUUGCAAAGCACAUAAUGUACAUUAGUCCACUGGAAAAAUAAUAACUUCUGUUGAAGGCAGAGCUGAAGGAGCAAAUGAACUCUUGAACUGAAAAGCUCCACUCGUGUAGACUUGUACGACUUAUCAAAGACAUUCCACCCUAAAAGAGUUGGGGUGCUGAGCUAACUAUUUGAGAGCCUACGAGGCUCCGGUUGUUACUUCUUGUGACCAAAUUGUGUUUUUAUUUAAUUUUAAAGUACUAAUACUGACAAUAACAUCAUCAGUAUCAUUUCAGCAUAACAACUCUAAGAUAAUAAAGCUUGGACAUAUUAAUAUCCUAUUCAAAUGUCCUGGUCCUGUGUCAGUAUCAAACAUCAAUGUGCUUUGUAUCUGCACAGUCUACAUCGUACUGUAAAGGUAGCCCUGUUCUUGCCUCCAGUGUCUCAGCCUAUAGAGACCCUUAACUAAACUAUAUAACAUUUUAUUAUCUCUAAUAUCCAGCCGUGACCUUGUGCAUACUUUAGAGACGUAUUAGUAACUUCAUUUUAGCUGUACUUUGCAAUGAAUCUCUUCUCUGCAAAUACCUUGUACUACUGUAGCCUAUGUAUAAAGAUUAAAAAAAAACCUACACUCUUUUUUUGCUGCUACACCAUUUGUGCCCUAUUAUGAUGUCUUUGUAGAAACAAAUGCCAUUUUAUGUUGUAUUAGUAUAUAAAUGCCAAUUAAUCGAUUCAAUGUCCACAUAAAAGUGUAUACUGCAUCGUCAAAUAUAUUGAAAAUGACACCAGGAUACAACCGUGAUGUUACAGAUGUUAUUAAAGGAAAUGUCUUAUUUUUCGUA